UCCACAGGGCCCAGGUCCUUCUCCGACUGGGAACGAGUGUGUCGCAGAUUUUCACCGAAAUGGCGCACACUCUGUCCUCAACCCUGGCGCUGCUGAGUUGUUUUGCGGCCCUCCAGGCGUCCUCUGCGGACGAGCUGGCCACGGCCGCCUCACACACAGCUCCGCGGCACACGCUGCAUCUCCACCUCUCCGUGGACGAGCUGCGCCACGUGUUCGCCGUCGAGCGCCACGAGGACGUGCCAGAGUACGACCUCUUUCACGUGAGCUCCAGACGAAAGCGCAGUCUCAACGGCCGGCACCGGCGCAGCGUUUACGUGCAAGCGUUCGGCGACCAGAUUGACCUGGACCUGGAGAUGAACCGCGAGAUCGACAACCACAUCCGGCUCUUCUACGCCGACGGCGCCGACAGCGACAUCAACAUCGAGCGCGUCGAGGGCGACACGGACAUGUACGUGGGCGAGCCGUACCAGGACAUAAGUCGCGAGGCGGCGCUGCUGGUCAGCCACGCCGACGACGACACGCUGCAGCUGAACGGCGUGGUGUCCGACCUGGUGAUCGCGCCGGCACCGAGGCGCGUGCACCACCACUACCCGUCUUCCCAUGACGACGACGCGCUGCUGGCUGACGACCAGGAGCCGCUGGACGGGUCCGAGAGCCACGACAGCACGGCCCGGCUGCGCCAGCGCCGCUCGACACCGCCGGUCACACGAGGACUGCACGUCAUCUACAAGCGCGCCGCCUCGCCGUCGUCAUCCACCGGCUCGGCUCCCAUCGACCACGAAGAUUCUUCGCUGCUGGUGGAGAAGGAGCCGGCAGCCAGUGAAGACUCUUUGACGGACGAGUCGCCCAGCCGCAACAAGCGCAGCACGCCGUCGCUUUACCCAGAGGUGCUACUGAUUGUCGACUACCAGACCUACGAGGCGCACAACUUUGAUGCCAAGGCCGUGAAACGCUACAUGAUGACCUUCAUGAACGCUGUUGACCUGCGCUACAAGUCUGCCGAGCAGCCGUCCAUCACCAUCAAGGUGGCUGGCAUCGUUAUCAGCAAAUCCAAGGAAGCCACCCCGUAUCUGGAGAAGCACAUGGUCAAUGGCAAAGCUCUUGAAGCCGUUGGUGCUCUUGAUUCCAUCGGGAAGUACUUGUUUAAGGAGAAGCGUCUUCCCACUUACGAUGCUGCCGUUGUCAUCACGAAGCGUGACAUGUGCACGCGCAGAAACGGCAGAGGCACCUGCAACAAAGUGACGGCUGGCUACGCAUAUGUCGGCGGCGGCUGCAGCGUCAACAGCUACCACAAAAAGGUGAACUCGGUAGCUCUGGUGGAGGACUCGACUGGUUUCUCCGGCAUCAUCGUGGCCGCGCACGAGAUCGGGCAUCUGCUGGGAGCCGUGCACGAUGGCUCGCCGCCGGCAGCGUACCUGGGCGGGCCGGGAGCCCGCUCCUGUCCCUGGAAGGACGGCUACAUCAUGUCCGACAUGCGGCGCGACCACAAAGGUCUCAAGUGGUCCGUGUGCAGUCUCAAUCAGUUCGCCCACUUUGCCAACGACAAGCGUUCAAAGUGCAUGCACAACCACGUCAAGAAACCGGCCAGCCUGCCGUCGGCCAAGAAGCUGCCCGGCAAGCUGAUGACCGUGGACGCGCAGUGCAAGCGGGACCGCGGCUCGAGCGCCUGCUUCAAGGACCACCGCGUGUGCGCCGAGCUGUACUGCUUCGAGCCGUCCAGCGGCUACUGCGUGUCGUACCGGCCGGCGGCAGAGGGCUCCGCCUGCGGCCGCGGUCUGCACUGUAUCAACGGCCAGUGCGUGGCCGACAGCUUCUACUACUAGCUGUCGCUGCCGCUGCUGCUGCGGUUGUUACGUGCAGGCUGGCCCGCGGGCGGGUGCAGCCAACUCUCAGGUACCUGAUGCGUCUUAUUUUUUUAUUACCAGUUAAUGGUAAUGGCGUGUGUUACAUGCUUGGCUCUACAGCCUUAAGGUGGCUGUUUCAAGCCUACCACUUAUACCUAUUGUGAUCGGAUGUUAGAGUUCUAUGUACAGUUGAUAAGCAUGUGCGUACGCAGUCACCACGGUUGAACGGCUUUUCGAAAGAGCCUUUUAGGUGUUCUGACUUAUGAGUUCUGACCACUUGAUCUGGGAUAUUCUUUAUCCAAUGCUGCAAUUUUCUAGGUUCCUUGUGGUUUCAUAUAGGCCUACUCUAAGGCACUUCAUGAUCGGUUAUGUGCUUCGGCAAUCAGCAUGUCUUAGGUAUUGUUGUAUGUAUGGGAAAAGAGGUACUAUUUAAACCUGUUACGUUGAUUUCAAUUAUUUCAUAUCAUUCAGUUGUAAAUACACGUGCAUUCGAAAUA